UGGAAGGUCAGCGACUGUGCGAGUGUCCGUCCAUACUGUGGGAUGGCAUCUCCGGGAGAGGGGUGGUCCUGGCCCAGCGCCAGGCGGCCGCCCGCGCACGCCCCAGGAGAUCCCAGAAGCAAAUUUCCGUCACCAGAAGGGACCACAGCACUAUGUCUCUGGCGAAGUUAUGUGAGGAAGAGGUAGAGAACCCGAUCUUGACUCGGAUCCUUGGGACCAGCACUGUUUUCAGGAGACUUGAACACCCAAAAUUGUCAAUCAGGGGCCUUCUCUUGCCAAACAAGAUUGAUGAGCACUUUCAUCAUGGGCAAGACGCCAUGUCCAAAGGGGAGUGGGAAAAGGCUGUACUCUCCUUCUCCAAAGCCAUCAACCUUAAUCCCCAGCUGGUGGAAUCCUAUGCGCUUCGGGCUGAGGCCUAUCUCCAGCUGUGUGACUUUGCCUCAGCCGCCCAGAACCUUCGAAAGGCUACCUUGUUAGCCCCAUACCAGUCCCAGUAUAUGGAGCGCCUUUGCUUUGUCCUCUAUCUGCAGGGCCAGUGUCUCUUUGAACAACAAUCAUACAUGAAAGCCUUGGACCUGUUCACCCAAGCUUCAGAGCUGCAGCCUUACAAGCCCUCCUACCGCUUCCGCAGCAUAGCUUGCCUUUUGGCCAUGAAACGAUAUCAGGAAUGCCUCCAGAUGGUCACAAAAGAGUUGAAACAAGAUUCCAACCCUGAUGUCUACAUCCUUCGUGCUCGACUCUAUAACUACUUCCUAAAGCCAAAUCAGUGUUAUCAGGAUCUGCGCCGGGCUGUCACCCUUAAGCCUCGGCACCCUGAGGCCACCACCCUGCUGGAGAAAUUGUUGGCCCAGGCCAGGAAGGCCCGGGAGGAGGCAGUGGUCCUGGCCUUGAAGGGGAACCUGGAGGAUUCUUUGAUCCGGAUCAACUGUGCCAUUGAGAACAGCCCAAUGGACCCUAGCUACUACUUGUUCAGGGGCACUCUGUUUCGGAGGCUCAAAGACUUUGAUGCAGCCAUUGAAGACUUUCUCAAGUCCCUGGAGCUAAGCCCAGAAGAUGAGGAGGAUAGUGAGAUGGCCAGGCAGGCCCAGCGCCAGCUGCUGCUCACCUACAAUGACUUUGCAGUCUUCUGCUAUAUCAAGGGCGCCUAUGAAGAAGGUGUGCUGCUCCUCAAUAAGGCCCUACGGGGCGAAAAAAGAGAGAAGGGGAUCUACAUCAACAGAGGGGAUUGUUUCUUCAAGCUUGGAGAGCUGGCCUUUGCCGAGGCCGAUUACCUGGAGGCACUGGCGCUGGCCCCCGGGGACCAAGGUGCUCAGUACCGCAUUGGAAUGCUUCAGGAGAAGCUGGGGCUUCGAGAGCAUAAGCUGAGACAAUACCACAAGGCCGAACAACACUUCUCUUCAGCCAUUGAGUACAACCCAGAGAAAGCAAACUUAUACCUCCUCCGUGCCAGGAACCGCCUAAUGCUGCAGGAUAUCUUUGGGGCUCGUCAAGAUGUUGCUACCCUGCUGCUCCUCAACCCCAAACACCCCCAGCUCAUUUCUAUGAUGGCGAACCUCUUCCCUGGCCACUCUGUAGAGUCUGUGAUGAACAGCAAGACAAUGAUGAUGGCUAAAACCAUCCUGGAGAGGGCGAUGCAGAACCAGCUUUUCCAGUACCCCCAGGAUGUCCUGGGGCUCCUGAACAAGGGUGCUUCCACAGAGAAGGAUGUGAACAAGAGGCCAGACAACAUACCCCCUGCUGAGCAGACGCCUAACUCUGGAGAGACAGGGCUCCCUGACAACAUUCCUGUGAUUCACACAGCAGGGAUCCAGGCAAGGGAAGGGAAGUGGAAAGCCUUGUUCCCCGGGACCUCACACCGUGCAGAUUUCAGACCGAGGGAAGGAAGAUAACCUCUGUUUCCCAGUUCUGUCAUCCUACUAGGAUUGAAUUGGUAGGGCCACACCAUUAAGGCUUCAGGGCUCAGGCCUUAUCUUAAGAGAGACAUUGAUAAACUCCACUAACAUCCUACUCUCACCUGGUCAUGGUGUGGAGGGACACUGGGCUCUCUGAGUCUGUCUCUGGUAGGGUCUGCCAAACUGGAAAGACUUCAAAUAUAGGCCCAGCAGAAGCCUUGCUUGCCUGUCGUGCAAGGACUGGUCUAGUUAAGUUUGGAACAGCUCAACCACCAGCUAGCCUAUGUGGCACCCUCAAAUCACUGCAUCUACUAAAUCAGAGCUCAUUACUAAGUCACAGUUUUACACAGUUACUUUCAACUCCACCUGCAUGGGUGGAGUUUAAGCAGACACAUUUACAGAAUUGGAGAUCCUUAACUGGCAUGUUCAAAGGAGGGUGGCUAGGGAAGGUCUCAAAAAAACAAUGCCAUACAGGAUUGAUUGAAAAGGAAAAGGUUGUUUGGCCUAGAGAAGGCUUAGCUGGGGAUGUGGUGGGGAGGAUCUUAAAAUAUCUGAAGGGCUGUCACAUGAGGGUAUACAGUUUACUCUGGGAGCCAUGUUUGAAAGUUAUAGGGAGCCUAAAUUAAGCUAGACAUAAGAACUUCCAAACUAUGGGUGCUGUCCAACAAUGGAAAAUGAGGGAGCGGCCUCUGGCAGAGGCUAGAUUGGGGAAGAGGGUUGUUGGAACUAACGAGUCUCCAAGGUCCCUUCCAACUCUAAAAUACUGUGAUUCCUUAAGGAUCAGACGCUGAUCAAGAACAGCACAAGGCAAACAGGAACAAGUCAAGAGGAACAGCCUGGAAGCCCCCCAAGGCACCAAGCUUCUCCUGGUAAGUUCUGAACCCGGGUCUUCCUCACUAGGUGGGAGAGAAUGAGCCCUGGCUCCCUUCCUUCUGCAACCAGGCGCUUAACAAAUUUCUAGCCUUUCAGAGUCACCCCGGAUAAGUCACUUCCCCUUUCCAGGCCUCAGUUUCCCUAUUUGCAACAGCCACACUCAUGUAUAUAGAUAGUACUGUAAGGUGGAUGGAGCCCUUCUAUCACCACAGGCCUUUCUGCCCGUAGCCAGGCUGGCCCUUAGGCAUACUGUUUGCCACCAGGCUUGUACCUGACCUGCCAAAGCAUGUGGUCAGUGGACCCUUGGCACAGUCUUGAGUCCCCAGGGACACUCCCAGAUCACAGCAGGGCAAUGAAAUGGAGGCAACUAAUAACACAUUCGUAUGGCACUCUUCAGGUGACAAAGUUUUUUGAUCAUUUGAUCCUUAUCACUCAGUGGGAGGCAAGGCAGGGAUCCUUACCCCCUUCUACAGAUGAAGAAAUUGAGGCCCAGAGAAGGGAGAUAAUCUCAGGUCUGGUGCUAUCUCCACUGUGCCACAUUAUCUCACAAGAAGGGGCAUGCUGCAGUGUGGAGGGGGUGGACCUGGGCCCAGAGGACACUGCCAGUGGAACCUGGGACAAAUAUCUUAACCUCAGUUUCCUCAUCUAUAAAAUGAGGCCAUUCGAGAUCUCUUCCAACUCUAAAUCUACACCUACUCUAAGGGAAGAGGUGCAAGCGUUAUCUUUGCUUGACCAAUGUGUAAACAGAUUCAGAGUAGUUCCAGGCUAGUAAGUGUCAGAACCAGAUUUUGAACCCAACAAGCCUCCUAACUUCAAAACCAGUGUGUGCUCUUUGCACUCAGCCAUGUGGUAAUGGAGGGAGGCUGCACCUGAUUCAAAGGGCCUUUCUAGAGCUACCAUUUCCAUAAUCCUGCAUCAGCACUCUCUGGAACUGGUGCAGUAUCUGUAUUUUGAGCUGGCAGUGAGGACUCCUGGGUCUUCCUCUCAGCCCUCUUCUUAACUUAUGAUGAGAAUUCCUGGAAAUCAACUCCUUAGGUCAAGCAGGGAAAGUCAAGCUCGAGGGCCCAAAGGACCCCGGAUGGUUUGGCUUUCCUGAGGCUAAGGCCUGAUUGGAACUAUCUCUCUCUUAGGGACUAAGCCAACCACCAUCUGCAAGAGGCAGGCCUCUUUCACGUACUUUACUGUCUUCAUAGGGCAGACACCCUCCUUGGAGGCCAAGACUGCUGCCACGUAGACCAAAGUGAAGGCUAAAGUACAAUGGUCUUUCCCUGAACCAGUGUGUUGACAACCCUGGCUUCUCUUUCCCCAGCCCUAACAGGUGGGCACCAUCCAUACCCACCCUUGCAUUUUUGGGGGGUAAGAGGCAGGUCUGUGAGAUAGAUGUCUUGUCACCGAAGGAAAUCCCUCAGCUCCUUUUCCACCUACCCUGGGCCUCCAGCCUAUCUCCAUACCCAUCAGUUCCUGCUCCAGCCUCCUUCCUGAUAGAGCCACCAAGGUUUCUCCAGCCAGAGCAGUAACACCUAGAUAGGCUUUCCCUGGUCCCUUAAAUAAGCUUAUUUUGUAUCCUCUCCCUUUACUUCAUUACAAAAUUAAAAACAUUUGAAGUAGGCUUUGUUAAAGAGCAAAGUUUGCAGCCCCACAAUCUCCAUCUUUGUGCCUGCUGGGGUGGGAAGCUGGGAAGAUGGUUGGGUCUUAUUAAGUUCUCUGGCUUCCUGGUGUUCCUCCAGGCAAUGGGGAGAUUGGAAUGGGGGAAGGGGAAAGGGAGGGGUGUGUGUGUGUAUGUGUGUGUGUGUGUGUAGUCUUCAUGAGCCUGGAGAGGAGAACGUGAGCCUCCCAGGGGGUCCUGCAAGCCUCUA